AUGCUCUCGGCCUCUCGCCCUCCUUCGUCUCGUCCCAAUCGUCCUGAAAUGAGAGGUCGUGCGCCUCUCCCCGUGCCCUCGGGCCUUCAAAACGGCCAUUCCCGCAACCCCUCCAGUCUCGACAUGGCUCGCAGCCCGCCCAACCCGAGCAAUAAGAGUACGUGCUCUACGAUCUCGCCCACAACCCCAUCUGCCACUUUCUCCAACUCGUUUACCUGUCGCUGUCCGUUUAACCAUAAGCUAAUUAUCUUUUUCUCCGAUUACUCUGCAGACACUAAACAUGUUCCCUGCAAAUUCUUCCGCCAGGGUGCUUGCCAGGCCGGCCCCGCUUGUCCGUUCCUGCACUCGACCGAUGCCGCAAUCGACUAUGCGCCUUGUAAAUACUUUACCAAGGGUAACUGCAAGUUCGGCGCAAAAUGCGCUCUCGCGCAUAUCCUUCCUGAUGGCCGCCGUGUGAAUCGAGCUGGUGGAGGUGGCGGCGGUGGUGGUAUGGGUAUUGGUGGUGGUAGUCAUUUGAAUCUGGGAGGCCGUGUCAAUCCGCAGGCAUACGUCAACCAGGAUUCUGCAUUGACGAACUCCGUCCUCUCGCAGCAGCGUUUGAAUGGUCACGAGCCUAGAUAUCCCCAGCAGCUUCCCCCGCAAGAAGAGACCGGCUUUAUCCAGGGUCAGCAGCAACAGGCACCUUACGAUGCAAUCCCCACAAUCGAUACCGGACUCGCCUCCGAUGCCGGCUCCAAGUACGGCUCGCCCGCGGAUGAUGUGCGCUUUCCCAUGUCCCCUAGUGCCCGCCAUCUGACGGCCCUGGAUGCCCCGCUCCCCGCGUCGUUUGAUAGUCAGGGAAUUUCCCAUGCGGCUCGCUAUGGUCCCGUGGCUGCUUCGGUGCCCUCGAAAUUCGGCCUGGAGCUUUCCUCCCCUCCAGCCCAGCGAAUGGGCCCCUCGGAUCCUUUCCGGAAUAUUCGUGAUGUGGGCUACGACAUGCGGAAGCAAUCGUCGAAUAUUGGCCCCCGCAUGCUCUCUGCGAGUGUGCCUCGCCCUGCCUUGCUUGACGAUUGGGAUGAGAAUUUCCCUAUGGAGGAGGACUACCUGCCUAUGAACCUGCAUGAUGAUGUUCUUACACCACAGGAGAAAUUACGCCGCCUCUCCCGAACUGACCACGACCUCAGCUCCAGCCACCGCGACGUCAGCAGCCUCGGCAUGACCAGCGCUAGUUUCUCGAAGAAUGGAUCCCCGCUCGCAUCUAGUCCAUCUCGCUUUGGUGCCCUGUUUGCCAAACAGCGACAAAAGAAGGAAGAAGAUGCCGUCGGCUCAUCUUUCCCUCACAUUGGUUCUCCACUCCGCGAAUCGUCAUUGAACGCUAUCGGUAGCCCCAGUUUGGGCCCAAUUGGCAGCCGCACCUCGUACGAUGGCUCACCAUUCGUCUCCAGUCCUGGUCGCCAGUCUUCCAUGUCUAUGAUCUCCGAACAGCUGAGCGGUCUGUCUCUCCACCCCGGUUCGGCCCGCCACUCUUCCACCGGCCCCGGCCGCCUCGAUCGCACCAUCCCUUCAACAACCAGCAAGAUCGACGAGGAGGAACAGAGUGACCUGGUCUUCUCCAUGGAGGAGGAAGAAGGGAACAAGCGCAACAGCUCUUCCUGGAACUCUGAGAGCAAAGAGAGCUCAAAUGAUUCUUAA